AUGGCGACUCAUUUGGUAGUGGAAAUUAUACAAGAUGGCAUGCAAGCAAACAUUUUGCCUGUCAACUCGCCCUCGCCUCGAUGCUUUUCACCUGAAGAAUGUUGGGCUGACACGGCUACCGUACCGCUACACGCGGGCCACGCCACUUCCAGCCGAUUCCAUACCGCCUCUCCGCCUCUGGACGCCGCCAUCUUUUCCGAAAGGAGGGCUCGGACUGAACCAAAUCACCGCGAAGACAGUUACGUGACUCAUCAGCAAAAUGAAGGACUGGAAGAUAAGCUUACAGAACUAUUGGGGAAGUUGGUCUAUAAAGCUCUGGACUGGGGAAUUGAGAGCCAUAUGGAGAGAGAACUGAGUGAGUCCUUGGAGCAGCUAAUAUCCUUCAUGUUGAAGUUGAAUCUAGAUGCAACAGAGCCAACAGUUACAUUCCAGGAUGUCAUCAAGAUCUGUGAAGAUCACUUUCUCAGGCCUUCUGAAGCAGCCGACCAUUACACAGUGAUCUGCAGAGUACUCUUUGCUGAGUAUAUAGAACUUCAGAAGCUCAUGUUGACUAUACAGACUUGCAAAGAGUAUUUGGGAAGAAUGGAUGUGGAAGACUGCUGUCCAAGACAGAAGGCUAAUGAUUGGGCUGGUUUGUGGCAAGAUGUACUUGGUGGUUUGCAGAAGGGUGCAAGGCUCCGCAAGGCUGUGGAGCACCCACAGCCUAAGACUCCUCCAAAACAGUGUGCCUGCUCUCUGUACAACACAGUGGUAAAUGAUAUCAAAAAUAAGCACUACACCCUUCAUAAGGUAUCAACAAGGCAACUGAAAGAGAGAGUCUGCCAAGAACCCAGUCUACAUGAUCAGCUCAUGAUGGAAGUGAAAAAUCCCCCAAAGCUUCGACCAGUGUCUGCACAGAGAAAUAAAACCCAAGAGAAAGAAGACUUUUGCAAGCCCUCCUUGAAUAUUCCUUGUGAUACCUUCCUCGACCAAAAUAUUGGCACAGAGAUAACUGUUUCAAAAGCUAAAAGGCCAAGGUUGAGUUACAUCCAGUCAGACCCAGAAGUUAAGCUGUUGUCUAGCUGCAAUCGGAAGACAUCUACAAAGUGGUCAUUUCCAACCAUUGCAGAUUUGAUGGGAGCAAGAUAUGCAGAACAUGUGGCUGAAAUAAAGGAUUCCUGCCAAAGAGACAGUCCCAGGAUAUCUUCAAGGUCACAGAUGUGUCUUGCUUGUCAUAAUGAGUUCUUCAUAUGGCCUUACAUGUGUCAUCUUUGUAGCAGAGUGAGCUGUAAAGAUUGCUCCAUCAAGAUAACCAUGCCAGUGAGGCCCUGUAUACGCCUUCCACUUAACUUCUUUAAAAUCAUAAGACUCAGCAAAGAAGACCUGACCAUACAGGGCCAGAAAAUUACAGAGCUUUUAUAUGAAAUAGAACACUGGGAUUGUUCCAGAGUGCCUCUUGUGCUUGAGCCUCACUGCUUAUCACCACCCCUUGCAUCUCGCACCAGGAGCAUGAUGAAUUGGCCCUCGGUGGACAUCUGUAUCAAAUUUAAGUUGCCAAUUCUGCAUUGGAAAAUUCUUGGAGAUUUGGGAGGCGGAGCAAGAGGAGCUCAGUGGGGUAUAAUGCCAUCAAGUAGCCAUUUUCUUUGAGGAACUGAUCUCUGUCUGGAAAUCAGUAGUAAUUCCUGGAAAU